UACACAGAAAAGCUCAUAUGUCAUAAGGCUUGAGCUAAUGGAUUGUCACAAACUGAACAAAUCCAUGAAAUCAGCACCAAGAUGAAGAAACAAAAGAGUGCCAGCAUCCCAGGAGCUCCCCUUGUAUCUCUCCCAGUAAGAGGCCCUGACUGCCCUGGUGAGGGUUAUACUGUUCUGACUUCUGGAACUGGAGAAGUUUGCUUCCUCUUGAGCUUUAUGUAUAACGAACUUUAAACUUAAAAGACACAUACAAAGAAAGCAAAGAUGGGUGAAAAAAAACCAGAGCCUUUGGACUUCGUGAAAGAUUUUCAGGAAUACCUGACUCAACAGACCCAUCAUGUGAACAUGAUCUCUGGAUCAGUUAGUGGGGACAAAGAAGCAGAGGCUCUUCAGGGAGCUGGAACAGAUGGUGAUCAGAAUGGACUUGAUCACCCAUCUGUUGAAGUUUCUCUGGAUGAAAACUCAGGAAUGUUAGUAGACGGGUUUGAAAGGACCUUUGAUGGGAAGCUCAAGUGUCGGUACUGCAACUACGCCAGCAAAGGAACAGCAAGGCUUAUCGAACAUAUUAGAAUCCACACAGGUGAAAAGCCUCAUAGAUGUCACUUAUGUCCAUUUGCAUCUGCUUAUGAGCGUCAUCUGGAAGCCCACAUGCGUUCCCAUACUGGAGAAAAACCAUACAAAUGUGAAUUAUGUUCCUUCCGCUGCAGUGAUCGAAGUAAUCUGUCCCAUCAUCGAAGGCGCAAGCAUAAAAUGGUACCAAUUAAAGGUACUAGGUCUUCCUUAAGCAGCAAGAAAAUGUGGGGAGUUUUACAGAAGAAAACAAGCAAUCUGGGGUAUAGCAGAAGAGCACUAAUCAACUUAAGUCCACCUUCCAUGGUGGUUCAGAAACCAGACUACCUGAAUGAUUUUACCCAUGAAAUCCCAAAUAUACAGACUGACUCCUAUGAAAGUAUGGCGAAAACCACACCAGCUGGUGGCCUGCCAAGGGACCCCCAAGAACUCAUGGUUGACAACCCUUUAAAUCAGCUUUCCACUCUAGCAGGACAAUUGUCCAGUUUACCACCUGAAAACCAAAAUCCCACUUCUCCUGAUGUCGUUCCCUGCCCUGAUGAAAAGCCUUUCAUGAUUCAGCAGCCGUCUGCCCAAGCAGUGGUUUCUGCUGUGUCAGCAAGUAUUCCUCAGAGCUCCUCUCCCACAAGCCCUGAACCAAGGCCAUCACACAGUCAGAGGAACUAUAGUCCAGUGGCAGGGCCAAGCAGCGAACCAAGUGCCCACACAAGUACUCCCAGCAUAGGAAACAGCCAGCCAAGCACUCCAGCCCCAACCCUGCCAGUCCAGGAUCCUCAGCUUCUGCACCACUGCCAGCACUGUGACAUGUACUUUGCAGACAAUAUCCUUUACACUAUUCAUAUGGGAUGUCAUGGGUAUGAAAAUCCUUUCCAGUGUAAUAUAUGUGGAUGCAAAUGUAAAAAUAAGUAUGAUUUUGCUUGUCAUUUUGCAAGAGGGCAACAUAACCAACACUGAAAACAAUCACUUGUUUUGCUUACUUGUUUUGGGCCUUUUGGGGGUUUGUAGUUUGGUUUUUGUUUUUUAUUAUCCCUAAUAGGUAUCUACUAACUUAAAGUUUAUCCAUUAUAAAAUGUAAAUUUAGUAGUGGAAAUUUUUUUCAUAAAAAUAUGGUCAGGGUUAUUUAUGGGUUAGAAUAGACAGAUUGGUAUCUUUUUUCCUCUCAUUUAAACAUACAAGGAUAGAAGUACAGAAUCUUAACAGGUGUUCAUUUAAGUUUCCCACAUUUAUGGUCCAUAGACGUUAAGGCUUAUCCAUACUAUUGAUAUUUCAGUAUGUGUAUGAGAGCUAAAUGUUAUUUCUGCCAUAUUUCAAAAUGGUAGAAUUUUUUCUUACAAAAUUUGUUACAACAUAUUUCAGUGUUUGUAGAGAAACUGCCUUUAAAAUUGCUCUUAAUUGAAAUACUGUUUAGUUCAUAUCCCUUAAGUUGAAUCAGUAGUUUCACUUCAGCUGAUAAUAGGAAAGCUAUUUCAGUGUAGUAAAUUUUUCUACAAGGGGCAAUAUAAAACAAUUAUCUUAAAAUUACAGUUAUGAAAAAUAGAUGAAAGCUUGAAAAAAUGGAAUUCAAGACUUUUUAGUUGAAAAUUGUGUUUAAUAUUUAAAAUAUAUUUGUUCAAUGUCUGGUUUAAACAUGUUAGUUUUUCAUUGGCCUUCUUUUAUACUUCCAGUUUAAUUUUUAAAAACAGGUAAUAUACUCGUCUUAGAUACUUUUUACUUUUCAGUUUGAAUUUUUCAUUUAAAUUCUUCAUUCUGAUGUUAUGUCAGGUGAGAUUAACUAUAGUGAGACUCUGCCUGUUAUUCCUAUUCCUUUGAUGACCAAAGAGUUAUAAUGAAGUCAUCCAUCUUUUUAAAAUUCAGCCCUUCAAAAACCUCCAAAGUUUCCUUUUUCUUCCCUUUAUCCAUUUAUUGCCCAUAAUUUCCAAAAAAAAGUGGAAAAGGUGAAGAACAUGUGCCCAGGCAGAUCCUGGUCUCCUCUUCAGAGCUGGCCAUAAAAUAUUUUCUGUGAGUUCAAAUUGUAAUUCUUAUUUGCAGUUUUAACAGUCUUUAUGUACAAUGACAAUACUGUAUGGAAACUGAAUCGUCGCCUUAGUAGGAAAGGAUAAAAAAGUGUGAAAGUAGAUAUAAAAUGCAUUUAAACAUGACAUUUGUUUAUAAAAGUAAUACUUGCUAAGUACUUUAGAAUAAUUCAUUUUGAAUAGGAAGCUAUUGUUUUUAUAUUGUGUAAUAACUAGCUUACUCUGAAGAGAGCUUGGUCAACCAAUAAAAUAUAUUGUUACUUACUGUUGGUUUCUUUGUUUUGCAAAAAAAUUAUUUUUAAUUUGGUUCAUACCUUGAAAAUACUAAUUGGCUUCUUAACAAAAAAUAUCCUGUUGAGCAUUCAUUAACCAAAAAUGAUCUCUACUCUUAUAGUAAAUAAAAGGGAAAUAUUGAUGGUAUCUGCCUACAAAAACCCCAGGUUCCAAGUCCUCUGCCCUCCCUCCCAGUGCUAGAAAGCCAUUUCAAGGAGGGCUUGUGGUGAGCAGCCAAUGGAGGCUCAUCUCAACUGCUUUAAUUGCAGCACCAAGAAUUCUUUGUCCAAAGGGGAAGUCUCCUCUUUGUCAAAUCUGUUACUCUAAAGUUCUACAGUUGUUUUAGUCUGAUGCUUAAAUCACUCACUGCUCAAAUUAGUGCAACAAUUUCCAAAUGUAUAACUCAACUCUAGUAUUUAUCAGUUGCCAGAAAGAAACAGGUUGUCAUUUGGAAGCUUUUACAAUUAUUGUUUCUUCUGUUUUAUUCUUCAAACAAAAGCAAUACCCCAAACAGAAAACGAGAAUUUUCAUUAAACACAGAGGAAGAAGCUGGGUCUGGUGGCGCAUGCUUGUAGUCCCAGCUACUCAGGAGGCUGAGGCAGGAGGAUGGCUAGAGCCCAGGAGUUCGAGGCCAGCCUGGGCAGCAUAGCAAGACCCCUGUUUCAUAAAAAAACAAAAACAGAAGAAUGCUCCUUAAAACCAGCUUAUUAGUUGUAUAUUAACUGUAUUUUUUAACCACUAAAAAUGAAUGUUUUGAAGGUACAUUUUAAUUCAAACAUGGAAAAGACUUUUUCAUAAUUAGAAUGAAAAGUUAUAAUUUUCCUCUAAUUAUAGGAGCACAGUUGUAUUCCAAAGGUGUUGAUGCUUAAAGGCUACAAUUAAUUCUAAAUGCACUAAAAUUUUUGAAGCAAAUCUACCUUAGAAACUUUCUUGGAAUUGUACUUUUAGAAAGAUUUAGAAUUUUAUUUAAAUUUCCUGAGGUAAUUCUGUAUUUGAAAAGAUGUUAGGAUCUUCCCUUACAUAUUGAAUAUGUUCCUCUCAUUUUAUUUUUAAUGAAAUAUUUGAUAGAACUGAGUUGGGAAGUUUGUAAC